AUGGACAAGACCAGGGCGUGGCUCCCGGACCAAGGUCCGAACCUGGGUGUGUCGUGGGAGGCACCAGGCAUGCCCCUGGGACCGGAACCCAGCAACCCAGGCUGCAUCCUGCCGUGGGACCCAGCCCAGAAAGCCAGGGAAGCCUCUGACGAGGAAGGCAGUGAGCCCGCGCGUCCGGGCUGCCCACAGCCAAGGGCAGGUGAAGAGGCAGACUCCUCUUCACGUCCCCCUGUGGCCAAGAGAUGGAAAGUGAACACCAAGGGCAAGAGAGGCAGGCAACGGGAAGUGGAUGAAGAGGAGGCCCAGAAGAUGAGAACCCUCGUGGCUGCUAUGACUGAGGAGCAGCUGAACCGUUACGAAGUGUUUCGCCGCUCAGCCUUCCCCAAAUCCACCAUCAAACGCCUGAUCCAGGCCGUGGCCGGCACGCCGGUAUCCCAGAACGUGGUCAUUGCCAUGUCCGGAAUGGCCAAGGUCUUUGUCGGGCAGGUGGUGGAAGAAGCCCUAGACAUUUGUCAGAAGUGGGGCGAGAAGCCCCCACUCCAACCCAAGCAUCUGAGGGAGGCUGUUCGCAGGCUACGCGAAAAGGGGCAGAUGCCUAGCACUAAGCGCAAGAUCCUCUUCUUAUAG